AGUCCGUAUGACAGCUAGCUCAGAGUUAGCAUCGGUACCAGAGCAUCACACUGUCACGGAUAAUAACUGCGCUUUUCGUGAGAUAAUUGCUGUAAUAUUGGUGCCACUUCUAUUUAAUCUGAAGCUUUAACGUAUCACUAUGUCUGCUUCAAAGAAAGGAGACUUGUCUCCAAGCGAAAAGGAGUUAUUUCAGGUUAUUUCUGCAGGGAAUGUUCAGGAAGCUUCCAGACUGCUGGGCUGCAAGGAUGUUCGAGUGAACUGUCUGGAUGAGUACGGGAUGACGCCUCUCAUGCACGCCGCCUAUAAAGGGAAAGCGGACAUGUGCAAGUUGCUCCUCCAACACGGAGCCGACGUAAACUGCAACGAGCAUGAACACGGCUACACGGCCCUGAUGUUUGCUGGCCUGUCAGGAAAGACUGACAUCACCUGGAUGAUGUUGGAUGCCGGAGCGGAAACGGAUGUGACCAACUCUGUUGGACGGACCGCCGCUCAGAUGGCCGCUUUUGUUGGUCAGCACGACUGUGUCACCGUAAUCAACAACUACUUUUCUCGAGCCAGACUGGAUUACUACACUAAGCCGCAGGGUUUGGAGAAGGAGCCAAAGCUGCCACCCAAACUGGCUGGACCCCUCCACAAGAUCAUCAUGAGCACCAACCUGAACCCUGUCAAAUUGGUGAUGCUGGUGAAGGAAAACCCGUUGCUGGCAGAGGUGGAGGCUCUGGACAAAUGCAGGAGAGUGAUGGAGCUGAUUUGUGAGAAGUGCAUCAAGCAGCAGGACAUGAACGAGGUGCUGGCGAUGAAGAUGCACUACAUCAGCUGCGUGCUGGGAAAGUGUGCCUCCUUCCUGAAGGACCGCGAGGACAAGCUGGACGGCCUCAUAAAGAGUUUGCUGAAGGGUCGGGACAGCGAUGGUUUCCCAGUCUUUCAGGAAAAGUUCAUCCGAGAGUGCAUCCGCAAGUUCCCGUACUGCGAUGCCACGCUGCUGCAGCAGCUGGUGCGGAGCAUUGCUCCUGUGGACAUCGGGAACGACCCCACAGCUCUUUCAGUGCUGACCCAGGCCAUCACGGGUCAGGUUGGCUUCAUGGACGCAGAGUUCUGCACCACCUGUGGAGAAAAGGGAGCCGAGAAAAGAUGCUCCAUCUGUAAAAUGGUUAUCUACUGCGGCCAAGCGUGCCAGAAAAUGCACUGGUUCACCCACAAGAAAGUUUGCAAGAAGCUCCAAGAGCAGCGAGAAAAGCAGGAGGCGGAGGCGACCAAACUGAGGAUGCAGCAGAGCAAAGAGGAGAGUAAAGCUGUUCAGGAGGCUGCGGACUCCAUGCAGGAGCUCUCAGUAGAAACCAAGAGUGAGGAGACGUCCUCAGACUGUGCUGCAGAAACGUCAGACUCCACUUCCAUCCCAGCUGCUGAAAACUGAGGAACAUCCCCCACAGCCUGACUGCAGGUGCCGCCUUCUCCAGGGCACAUCCAUCCAGCGCAGACAACAAGGAAGCCGGCAUAUUGACCGGAAACCAGAGCGAUACUUGGAACCAGGGGAGAGAGAGAGAGAGAGAGAGAAGAAAUACAAAAGACAUAUUUAUCACCGUCUAAUAGACUGAGACCACAGCCGCUCAUCCUUUUGUCCAUUUUCAAAUGAUCUUUUUGUCAUUUGUGAAUGUAAAUACUACACGCUCUGCUGUGUUUGUGGAAAUGUGGCAGGACACAUAAGGAGAAUGUCUGGUUCACAGCGAUGAUGCAACAUUUAUCUGCCUUAAGAAUAUGUAGCAACUGUGGAAACGAAGUGACUUUCCAGCAGGUCGGACGUGUUUGCCUGCAGUAUGUCUGUUUGUACCAACUGUCACAUUUUUCGUGUGUGUGUCGGGCGAGACUGCUCAAAGCUGACCAAAAAUCAGGCUAUUUUCACAUGUGGAUGACAAAAGUGUGAGGUUAUUUUGAU